AUGGACUGCAUGCUGCAAAUGAUGAUGAUCGGCCAAGACACCAGGGGUCUCUUCGUACCCACCAGGAUUGUGAAACUCUCUAUCGACGCUCCCAUGCAUUGUCAUGCGAUAUCUAAAAUGAAUCCGGAUUCGGACAGAAAGUCCUUUGAGGUUCGUGUGUACCCAGAUGUAAACGUUAUCAGAGCUGGUGGCAUCGAAAUCCGGGGUCUUCAUGCUACACCCAUUACUAAAAGACAACCUCUGGGCGUACCCGUGUUUGAGAAAUACGAGUUUAUCCCCAACUUUGGAAAAUCUAAGAUGAAGAUUGGAGAUAUUCUUCGAGCGAACAUACAGCUGGUUCUUGAGAACAUUCAAACACACAAAGUCAAAAGCAUUGAGCUGGUCGACGAAGAAUACAAGAAGAAUGACCUAAAGCCUAUCUUAGAAAAUAUUGGACAAAUGCUCGGAGAUCUGCCCUAUAUGCAGGCCGAAAUGUUGAUGGUUUCCAAAGAGCCCAUCGAGGUUCCUUACAACAUUACCGUCAUCGAAACUAGGAAACUAGUCGGAGAGAGUAACACAGCACUGUUUGUUGGUGCUAACCUACUUGGUAGACCUGAGAUUCUUCAACAAGCAUCCAGUACCCUACGCGACAAGGCCUUUAUAAUGAGUCGUGAAAAGAAAUACCCCAACCCAAAGAAAUUCACUGACAAAUACGACAUCGUGACUGUUUAUGACACAGGCUCUGAAUAUAUGGUGCUUUUAAGAAAUCGUGUAGAAGUCAAACCAGCCAAGUUCAUUAGAAUCUUAGCUGCUGAUGAUAGUUUCUCGUGGGUAGAUAAAGUCAAGGAAGAACUCAACGAAGGCCAGAAAGUGGUACUUUACGCUCAAGAUGAACCUAUCAACGGUAUAUUGGGAUUAGUGAACUGUUUGAGGGCCGAACCUGGUGGUGAGAUCGUUCAUGGUCUCUUUAUUUCUGACCCAUCUGCUCCGCCGUUCAACCCUGACUUGGAGUUUUAUGAAGAACAGCUGAAAAAGGAUUUGGCUUUCAACGUAUAUAAGGAUGGUCAAUGGGGGACUUACAGACAUCUUCUCUUGGAUGACUUAGAAACGGUUCCCGCAAACCACGCCUAUGUCAAUGCCCUUACCAUCGGAGAUCUUUCCUCGCUGACAUGGGUCGAAGGAACCAUCAGGGACAACCAUGUGUUCAAGGACAAAGAAAAAAUGCUUAUUCACGUAUACUGCGCUGCCUUAAACUUCCGCGACGUCAUGACAGCCAUUGGUCGUGUCACAGUAGAUGCUAUCGAUAGCGGUCGUCUUGCCCAGGAAUGCGUGAAAGGCAUAGAAGUAGUCGGGAAGACAGUCAACGGCACUCGUGUCAUGGGUAUGGUCCGUAACCGUGGUAUAGCGAACUUGGUUGAGGGAGACAGGCAGAGCCUGUGCCCCAUCCCUGACGAGUGGACCUUCGAAGAAGCGGCUACUGUACCUGUCGCUUAUGGAACUGUGUAUUACGCUAUGGUCAUGUUUGGUGAGAUGCAACGCGGUGAGUCCAUCCUCAUCCACGCAGGUUCUGGCGGAGUAGGACAGGCCGCCAUCAACGUGGCGCUCUACUACGGCUGCGAGGUCUUCACCACCGUCGGUACUGCGGAGAAGAGAGCCUUCAUCAAGAAGCUGUUCCCACAACUUAAAGACAGUCACAUCGGCAACUCCCGUGACACUUCCUUCGAAGACAUGAUCAGGCGUGAGACCAACGGGAAGGGAGUCGACAUGGUGCUCAACUCCUUGUCUGAUGAUAAACUACAGGCCUCCGUCCGCUGCCUGGCAUUUAGAGGUCGUUUCCUCGAGAUCGGCAAGUUCGACAUCAGUAGCAACACUGCCAUUGCCUUAUACUUCAGAACAAAGGAAAUCAGCUUCUAUGGUGUCAUGUUGAACUAUAUUUUCGAGCAGGAUGUCAAAGUCAGAAAGCGCUUGCAAGAUCUACUCCUGAACGGUAUUGAAAAUGGCGCCGUCAAACCACUGACUUACUGCACGUUUAAGGCCAACGAAGUGGAAAAUGCCUUCCGUUACAUGGCUGCCGGUAAACAUAUCGGAAAGGUGAUCGUUAAAAUCCGUGAAGAAGAGCGCGGCAGUGGUCCUGUUAGACCAGUCCCGACACCUAUUGAUGCUGUACCUAGGUAUAUCUGUCAUGAAGACCACGUGUAUGUAUUGGUCGGUGGUCUCGGAGGCUUCGGGCUGGAGCUGGCUGACUGGCUCAUCAUAAGAGGCGCAAGGAAGAUUUUGCUCAAUUCCCGAAGAGGCAUCACCAACGGAUACCAGUCAUCGCGGUUGAGGACUUGGGCAUCAUACGGCGCUGACGUCAAGAUUUUGACACAUGACGUCACCACUGAGUCUGGAUGCGAGGAUAUGCUUAAGAUGGCGCUCAAUAUGGGACCUGUGCACACUAUCUUCAACUUGGCUGUUGUCCUUAGUGACUCCAUCUUCGAAAACCAAACUCCAGAAAGCUUUAAAAUCUCGUUCGCUCCUAAGGGGCUUGGUACCAUACACUUGGACAAAUUGUCGAGGAAAUUGUGUCCAGACUUAAAAGAUUUUGUGAUCUUCUCAUCUGUAUCCUGUGGUCGUGGUAAUGCUGGUCAGACCAACUACGGUUACUCUAACUCUGUGAUGGAGAGGAUCUGUGAAGAUAGGAAGAGUGCUGGCUUCCCAGCCCUGGCUGUGCAGUGGGGAGCUAUUGCAGAUGUAGGUUUGGUAGCCGACUUGCAAGAGGAAGACAUCCAACUUGAGAUUGCCGGUACCCUGCAGCAGAGGAUAUCUUCCUGCUUGAGUGUUCUCGACAAGCUCAUGAAGCAGGAUGUCCCCAUCGUGUCAUCCAUCGUGGUAGCUGAGAAGAAGGCUGGAGCCGAAGGAUGUACCAAUGCAGUAGAUGCAGUGGCACAAAUUUUGGGUAUCAAAGAUUUGAAGACUGUCUCACAACAAAGUUCUCUGGCUGAGUUGGGUAUGGACAGCAUGAUGGCUUUAGAGAUCAAUCAGACUUUGGAGAGAGAAUUCGAGAUUUUCCUUACAGCUCAAGAUAUUAGAACCUUGACAUUCACCAGACUAGCAGAGCUUACAGAACGACAUGAAGCUUCAUCCUCUGCAUCAGCAUCUAACCCCACUACCAUGGAAGGCGUCGGUAUUCGUGUAUUAAUGAGAAACUUUGGAGAUGAGAAAACCGCUUCAGAACCUUAUGUGUACAUGCCUACCAUGGUCAGCGAUGGGAUCGAGGCGAGUGUAUAUUUUAUGGUGAUGAUGAUGAGAUAUAAGUUUUUAAACUGACAUGGUCAGUAACACUAGUAUUAGAACUCGAAACGGGAUAUUUACUAUGUUUUUCUAUUUCUAUAAAAAGUCAAAG